CGAGCAAGAGAGCGGCCCGGAGAGCCGCCAUAGUCAUGGCGGAAGAGCAGGCACCGCCACCGCCAGAGGCUCCCGAGGAGCGGAAGGAGCCGGGCGACCGAGACAAGGAACGCAGCCGCGACCGGGACCGCCGCCGCCGCAGCGGGGACCGCCGCAGCCGCGACCGCCGCCGCCGCAGCCGGUCGCGCUCCAGACGCCGGGGCGGCGGUUCGCUGCAGGACGAGCUGCGUGCGGACCGGGGGGACGAACCAGAACCUUCGCCCCGGCGGGAGGAGGCGCCGCCUCCGGCAGAUGCACCGCCAGAGGAACCCAAGCGGAAGCGAUCGCGCUGGGGCGAGGAGGAUCCCCUGGCUGCUGCAGGCAUCCCGGAGUGGCUCCGGGACCAGUUCGCCGUGCCGAAGAUCCCCCCGGAGCCGGUGGUCCGGGCGGGCCAGCGGAAGGUGAAGGUGCCCCAGCAUUGCGUGGGCAGAAUCCUCGGGAAGAUGGGAGCCACGAUCAACGAGAUCCAGGAGGCUUCGAACACGGACAUCAAGAUGAACCAGGACACCAAGGAAGCUGGAUACAGCUACGCCAUUGUCACGAGCAUCAAGAACGUGGAAGGGGACCUCGACACGGCAGAGCGCCUCAUCAACGAGAAGAUUGCAGGCGGUCCCAAGGGCGGUAUGGGCGGCGGCAUGGGCGGCGGCAUGGGCGGCGGCUGUGCAGCCUUCCCGAGCAUGACCCUGCAGCCGCUCCCAGUGCCUGCCGGCAGCGAGACCAGGGAGAUGCGGGUGGACAAGGUCCACGUGGGCGGUCUGAUCGGCAAAGGCGGUGAAGUCAUUAGGCAGAUGACUUCAGAAGCAGGCUGCCAGAUUCAAAUCGAUCAGACCAGCGGCGGCGAGCAGGCGAUGGUGAUCCUGGGCCCCGGUUCCGCAGAGCAAAUUCAGAAGGCGGAGGACCUCAUCCACGCAAAGAUUGCCGAGAAGAGUUACGGCAAGGGCGGCGGCGGCGGCGGCGGUCCGAGGCCGGGCAUGCCGAUGGGCAUGGGCUACGGUGGCAAGCCCAUGAACAGCGUUCCGCCGCCGCCGAUGGGCAAAGGUCUUGGCGGGGGCCUGGGGGGCCUGUCCGGUGUGCCGCGGCCACCCUUGCCGCUGAACCUGAGCCCUGGCCUAGGCAAGGGUAUGAACAACUGCGGCUGUGGUGGAAUGGGAGGCAUGGGCGGCGGGAUGGGCGGCGGCAUGGGCGGUCCCCCCGGCGGUAUGGGCGGACCUCCAGGCGGCAUGGGGCUCGGCAGCAGCAUGGGGGGCGGCAUGGGCGGAGGCCUGGGGGCCCCUGGCAUGGGCGGAAUGGGCGGGGGCAUGGGCUGCAGCACGGGGAUGGGCGGUUGUGGAGGCAUGGGCUGUGGCGGCAUGGGCGGCGGCAUGGGCGGAGGUCCCGGCAUGGGUGGAGGUCCCGGCAUGGGCGGUAUGGGGGGCGCUCCCGGAAUGGGAGGUCUUGGCGGAUGCGGUGCUCCCGGCAUGGGCUGCCAAGGCGGUCCCGCCUGCGGUGGCUGCGGCAUGGGCUGCGGCGGAAACUGCUGGGGCAAGGGCGGUGGGAAGCAGUGGGGACAGGGCUGGUGAGCCGCAUGAGUUUUGGGCGCAUGUAUACUAUCUUCGGCGCAGGACGGCAUGCGCAUGGCUUACCAAGUUUCGCUUUGUCCGCCAACUCUUUAAGAAAGAGAUGGGUGCUGACACUGGGAGAUCAAUUUCCCCGCAGUGCUCUCAGGCACUGCAGGAGAUUGCAGCAAACAAGCUCAACGCCUUUAGGGAGCGUUUCAGGAUCGAUGAAAUGUAGUUUCUGUAGUUUGCAAUUAAGCUUGCACCAUGCAUUGCAUGCAUGGCCUGGUCCCGCGCACCACCGUCGGAAGCUCAACACGUGAUAUGCUCUCC